AUGCAGCGUGGAACUUUAAUACUUGAAGAUGAUUCUAAAUUCAAUGGUUUUGUAUUUGGAGCGUCAACUAAUGCUACCGAUGAAGUCGUCUUUCAGACUGGUAUGGUCGGUUAUACUGAAUCAUUGACUAAUUCAUCUUAUUGUGGAAAAAUUCUAGUCCUUACUUUUCCACUUAUUGGCAAUUAUGCUGUUGAUGAUUUUGGUAUACUUCGAUGGGUUGAAUCAAAUAAAAUUUAUGCAUCAGGAUUAAUUGUUAGUGCUUAUACACAACAGUAUAGUCAUUGGAAUGCUAUUGAAUCUCUUUCAUCAUGGCUAAAAAAAACAUAA